AUGGCCGUCGCAACUGAUGACGACUGGGACCUCGACACGGACGAGAUCCGGUCCACCGCCUCUGACGAACUCUACGAGACGCGCCCCAACCGCUGGCGCGGCCCCCUCUCGACAUGGCGGCACAUGACCGAGGAAGAGCGCCUGCUGCACCAGAACAUGGAGCAGGUGCGCGACCAGGACCUCGCCAUCCACCUCUUCAACGCCGCCAUGCUGCGGAAUCCGCCCCAAGGCUCCCAGGACGCGCUGCCUGAGGGCAUGGGCCUCGGCGACUGGCGUCCGCCGCAGGCGUGGACGGCGUGGCCGUUGCCUGUUGAGGCUCUGCCGAGGGAGAAGCUGCUGCGGGAGACGCGUGACGCGCACGAUGCGUUCACGCUGAGGCGCAAGGAUGAGUGGAGGCCGGGGAAGGACUUGGAGGAGGAGGUGUCUGCGUCGAUGCUGCGGAUUGCCAAGGAGAGGUUCCGCGAGCGGAAGUUGGGGCAAGGCGACGAGCCGUCGGAGGCUGGGCGGGACUCUGACGAGGACUCUGCUGACGAGUCUGAGGAUGCGCAUUCUGAUGACGCGGACGGCGAGCCUCUGACGAAGGGCACAUCCGAAGGGGAAGAGGCCGAGAGCGAGGACAGCGACGAGUCACAGGACGGAGACGAGCACGGCGUGCAAGACGAGGCGGAGCAGCAGCAGCAACCGCCAGAGGAUGAAGUCCCGGCGCGGACCACCAAGGCCAAAAAGCUGUACGCGCCCGUCAUGUCGGCAGAUGACGACCUCUCCUACGAACUCCUCCGCCCCUCUGCAAGACAUAUCCUCACACAGCUCGACGCGACCCUGACGACCCUGCACAAUGCGCGCAUGGCCGGCGUCGUGGCCCGAGACCAGACGGACGAUUCUGCUAGCGACAGGUCCUCGGUCAUCUCGGACGCCGAAACAGAAGUCGCGGCACCUCCCAAGCGAGCAGCCAAUGCCAGAUACACCAAGAAACGCCCGGCACCAGCCUCAUCGACGUCCUCUUCAUACGAGGAAGAUGAUGCAGAUGACGAAUCAGCCUCGGAGAAGACGCCCCGCGGCAGACCCAUUGCCCCGCGCAGGAGACGGGCAUCGAAGCGUGCCGUCUCGGCCUCGUCUCGUGAUAGCGACUCGGAUACGUCUCGUGCGUAUCGAAUGUGGCGUGACAGUCGACUCAACAGGUGGGGUCUGCGCGACUGGCGGGACGUGCUCGGAGCUGCCGCACUGGCUGGGUUCGAUGCUGAUGUCGUGGCACGCGCGGCGCAACGGUGCGCGGAUCUCUUUGGGCAGAGCAUGGAGCUCCAUACGGUUGUUGAGGGACAGGAGGGAUAUGUAACGACGACAUGUUACCCGGGUAAGCCGGUGCCGGCAGCCAAAGACAGUGGGGAAGAAGACGAGGAGAGACACCUCGAGGAGACGAGGCGGAGGCUCAGAUACGAGGCUAUACAGCUCCGCAGAGCGAGGGAGAGGCGUGCCGGGAGAGCCCCGGCAGGUGCAGACACACAAGACUCUGACGAGGAUGGCGAUGGUGAUGGGCCGAGGAGCAGAUCACGCAACGGCCAGACGGACGAAGACAAUGACUCCAGCGGUGUCGAGUUACCAGCGCGACCCAAGCUCGAGAUCGACCUCAACGCUGUGCAGGCAUCGCCCGACGGCCUCUUCUACUGCCCCAUCACGCACUGCAAACGGCACACGAAGGGGUUCGGUGCGAAGCGCGGACUGCGAGAGCACUUCAAGCUGAUCCACGACCAGCCGACGGCGCAAAAGGGCGCAUUUUACUGUCCUAUCACGACGUGCAAGUACCAUGUACGGAGCUUCAAGGCGAGAAAGAACCUCACGGCACACAUGCGGCAUAUGCAUGGCGCCGAGCUCGCUGCUGGAGACGAACCAGAGGCCGUGGCUCCCCAGGGCAAGGGCAAAGCCAAGGAACUGGCGCCCGCGAUGCAAAUGCCCUUGGCAGGGAACCCGGGCAGCGACGAGGAGAUGGACGGUGCCGUGCAUGUCGAUGGGUUCCUAAGGCCGAUCAAGAUUCGACAGGGAUGGCUGUCAAAGGGCGGGCGAGAGAAGGGUCAACGGAAUAGGGGGACGAAAGACCAUGCUGACGGCUAG